UUUCGUCCAUACCAUGCCACCGUAACUGUUCGUCUAAUUUGAGUUGUACGGUAUCAGAAGAGCACUUUAGGAGGGUUGGCAAGGGACGGCAACUCGGGUCCUGCAUCACGAUGCGCCUUCAGAACCAUGCCGCGAUGGGAGGCCUGUUCUCGGCGAACCUACGAAGUAGGGUCCUGAACAAGGGGGCUCGGAACUGCAAAACGCCAUGGCGACGCGACCAAGUCUCAAGCCCACGCGACGUGGCAGCGAGAGUGAUCAGCACUCUGACACGGAGCAUUUGCCAGGGGCCAGCAGAGCCACCGCUGCUCCCGCAUACUAUCCCGGAGCAUUUCAGCACUGUUGUUUCGAGUUUCGGUGACCGACCAGCAGUUGUCUGCCGUACUCCAACAGCAAGCCCAGACGCGUUAUCAACUCUGCCUGCCGAUGGAAUUCUCGCCGCCGUUGAGACGACGCUCAGUUACGAACAGCUCGACCUGGCGUCGAACGCCCUUGCUCAUUCCCUGCGGUCCCUGGGCGUCAAGAAGGGAGACCGCGUCGCUGUGAGCCUGGGCAGUACGGCCGAGUUUGCGGUCCUCACCUACGCCAUCUUCAAGCUCGGCGCUAUCCUCGUCCCCUUGAACCCCGGUUUCAACGCCAAUCAGAUCACAGCCGCCCUCAACCACCUGGCUGUUGAGUUGCUCGUCAUCGGGGCUGUUACUGAUCUACCCUACAAGCCCUGCCGCGGGCGGAGCAACUUGCCUCUUCUCCAGUCCAUGGUCCCAGAUCUCGAGUCUGGACGCAUUGAGGCGCCUGACAUUCCGACGCUCAAAACUGUCGUGCUAGUCGAUAACUCAGCGUCUCACCCGCUCAGCAGCUUCCCCCCUCUCGCCUCCCUCCGGUCUCUAACACCCUUUACCUCCCUUAUCCCAGGCCUUGCCACAAUCCGCCCUUCCUUCUCGGCCUACGCCGCCCGCCCCAUAACCCCCGACUCUCCUCUUUCUGCUUCAGAAACGAUAAAUAUCCAGUUUACAUCAGGAACCACGUCUCACCCGAAAGCAGCCAUGCUGACCCACACGGGCAUUCUGAACAACGGCGCCCUGAUCGCCCACCGAAUGGGCCUGGACCCGUCCGACCUCAUCGUGUGCCCGCCCCCGCUCUUCCACUGCUUCGGCUCCGUGCUCGGGUACAUGGCGACCGCGACAACCGGCGCAGCCAUCCUCUUCCCCUCGCCGGCCUUCGACCCCCUCGCCACGCUGCGCAUGUGCGCGGCGCACAGGGCCACGGGCCUGUACGGCGUCGCCACCAUGUUCGUCGCCAUGUUCGAGCUGCUACACCACCGCGCCGACCUCCUCCCUGCCGAGCAGGUCGCCGCGUUCCCCACGCACUUGCGCAAGGGAAUUGCGGCGGGGAGCUCGGUGCCCGAGUCGGUCAUGCGGAAGCUUUAUGCUACGUUUGGGUUGGAGGAUCUGGUCAUCUGCUACGGCAUGACCGAGACCAGUCCCGUCAGCUGCAUGACCUCGCCGGGAGAUCCGUUUGAGAAGCGGACGCGGUCGGUCGGCCGGGUGAUGCCGCAUACCAAGGUCAAGAUUGUGGAUCCUGUGAAUAGGAAUCGGGUGGUCCCGAUCGGGGAGAGGGGAGAACUUGCGACUGCCGGAUACCUGGUCAUGAAGGGAUAUUGGGGGGAUGAGGAGAGGACUGAGGAGGUAAGGAAACUUGAGAGCGACGACGAUGGGAACGAGGAGGUCUGGAUGUAUACCGGGGAUGAAGCCAGCAUGGAUAAGGACGGGUAUGUGGAGAUCACUGGGAGGAUCAAGGACCUGAUCAUCAGGGGCGGGGAGAACAUCCACCCGCUAGAGAUCGAAAACUGUCUGUUCCAGCAUCCUCUGGUGGCCGAGGUUAGUGUGGUCGGCGUGCCGGACGAGAAAUACGGUGAGAGCGUGGCAGCCUUUGUCAUUGUGCACGAAGGGGUUGUGGCCGAGGGGGAGGAAGCGACGACGGGAGGUGGUGGUAAGGGAGACGUGUUGACGAGAGAAAGCGUCAGGCAAUGGGUUCGGACGCAUCUCUCCAGUCACCUGGUGCCGAAGCAUGUGUGGUUCGUGAAAGAAUACCCCAAGACCGCCAGUGGCAAGAUCCAGAAGUUCAAGUUGAGGGACACGGCAAAGCAACUUGUUGGGGCCAGCCGGUAGGCAUGGAUUGGAUACCGUUAGGGGCAUAAAAAGCAGGCAUCAUAUCAUGACGGUUAUGGAACCUUAGAUGCGACCACCUUCCAAAAUCUGGGAAAGGCGGAAUGGAGAUGGUGCAUGGAAAUGCGAAUCAAGAUACCGGUCAGCCAUUAUAUCCAGAUGACCGGUGCCUUCGGGAAAAGCCCAAUAGAGCAGUUGAAGAUGUUAUUACUGCCGUUGACGAUGCG